AUGGCUCCACGCACAAACAGCAAUGAAGGCUCCCCAGCAAAAGGCCGCCCUUCCGACCGCCAGAAUGGCUCCAGGCCCAGGAACACAAACUAUGGGCCAGGCAGCCAGGCCAUCGAGGAGGUGCUGCAGUUCAUCCGCCAAAACUGGGACUUUAUGACAAAGGACCAGUGCGUGCCCAUCGAAGUCGCCCUGAAACUCAUGGACUCGAGCUCCCUCGGCCUCGCAAACCAAGCAGACCAGUUCCAGCAGACCCACCAGCAGUUGCAAAACGCCCUCAAGGGCAUCGUCAACGAGCACCACCAAGGCUUCAAUAGCUCCAUCGGCACCUUUCACCAGAUCCAGUCCAGUCUCCAGAGCUCACAGCACCGUGUCAGAACGCUCAAAAGUUCCCUUAUAUCAGCCAAGUCACAGCUCUCUACUGCAAAGCCGGAGCUCAGAGAGUUCGCUACUACUUCCCAGAACUACGAUGGCAUGCUACAGAUGCUCGACACAAUAGAAAAGCUACAGCUAGUUCCCGAAAGACUGGAAGCACGUAUAUCAGAGAAGCGGUUUUUGACUGCUGUAGACAUCCUUCAAGAUGCCCUGCGUAUGAUCCGCAAAACUGAAAUGGAGAAGAUUGGCGCCCUGUCUGAUUUGCGCACAUAUCUUAGCAACCAAGAAGUCUCUCUGACUGACAUUCUAAUUGAAGAACUUCAUAGUCACCUCUACCUCAAAUCACCGUAUUGCGAGGAUAGGUGGAAGGAGUACGCCCACAACCAGGUCAAGGGCGACUUGUCUCAACGUGCGCAAUCCGAUGCAAGAGGUCGGCUGCUAUACUACUUCCUCGAUGGCCUCGACACCUCUGAGCCAAUGACCGAUGAUUCUGCCCACAACCCAGAAUCAGACACCUUCCAGUACAUUAGGCUCGUCAUAGAAGCACUUGAGAAGAUGAACCGUCUCGAGGUCGCCAUUGACACCAUCGAGCAGAGAUUACCCGUCGAGCUAUUCAAGGUUGUUGAAAAGUCCAACAACGAAGUGGCUCAACGGCAUCCCAGCAUAUUACGCGCCUACUCGGCCAAGAAGAAUUCCAAGUCCAAGACUGAGAUUGAAAGCGAAGACGUCCGAACAACCCUACUCAACGAUUUGAUGUGGACCCUCUAUGCACGUUUCGAAGCCAUUGCCGAAAGUCAUCGGGUCGUGCAUGAUGUCGUGGCGGGCAUCGUUCGCCGCGAGGGUCGGUCAUCGAGUGCAACCCUAACCCGCGGCUUCAAGGAGUUGUGGAAACUCUACCAGAGCGAGAUUCGCUCUCUUCUUCACGAUUACCUUGCCACAGACGGUGAGGCCUCUUAUAGAGAUGGACAGGCCAAGUCGUCCGCUGCCAGCGCAUUCUCUCGUGCUCCUCGCGAUAAGAACAAGCGCAUGUUCAAGCUAACCGACGUUGACACAAAAGCCUCGGACUUGGCCAAGGAGAAGAAUGACCUUGAGCUUAUUCUCAAGACAUCUGUGCCUGGACUCGUGUCUGAUUCAAAGAGACUCGACGACGUCGAUACCAACAACACCACAAAUCUUGAUGGUAGCGCCACUGGACACAAGCUUCUCGUCGAGCCAAGCGUCUUUAACAUGGGCAUCUUGCUCCCGCCUUCGCUCGACUUCCUCAAUAGAUUGAAGGAGGUCGUGCCAUCCAACGCUGAAAUCAGCUUAAGCACCUUGACCUCGUUCUUGGACGACUUCCUGGUCAAUGUCUUCCUUCCGCAACUCGACGAGACUCUGAUUGAGCUCUGUGCACAAACAUUCAUUGAGCUUGACGCCUUUGCUGAAGACCCACAAUGGGCAAGACACUCCAAAAAGCCAAUAUUCAAGGGAACCUCGCAAUUUUUCUCUCUCAUCACAGCAUUCUGCAAAAUGCUUGACAACCUUCCGCAUGAUCAGGCAUUCUCCCAACUCAUUGUCAAUCAGAUGGAUACAUAUGCCCAAAAGUGCAUCGGCUGGUACAAAGCCCUGGUUGGCCGCUCAAAACCCACGCCCAGUGGCCGCCUUAUGAAAGCGCCAGCUGUAUGGGCCGAGUCGGAUGCCAUGGAAGAACUCAUUGCCCGUCUGGAGCAAAUAGAUCCUUCUGACCAGGCCAACCUCAACGAUGCUAUUGAGAGCGAGGUCGCCCUUCUCAUUGAAGCAGUAGAAGCAGAUGAACCGUUGGACCAGGCUGAUAUGAUCCAAGACAAGAAGAGCAUCAUCAACUUGUGCCUGUUGUACACCAGCAUGAAGUGGCUGGCUACUAAAACGGCCCAGCUAAGGUACAUUAGUGAUCGUGCCUCGGCUCCAGUCAACAUAGAGACCAGUGGCCAGAAGCAUAACAGACGAUGGACCAAGCUUGCGUCUUCUGACCCAAGACCCCAAGGUGCUCCUGUAUAUCUGCCGUUGAGCACAGAAACUGCUGCUAUCUUCGAUGCAGUAGUAGUGGCGUAUCGAUCACUUUCUACCCGUGCCUUGCGCACAUUGCAUCUUGCAAUCCGCAGUACAAUCCUGUACUCACUCGACGCAAGCAUGCAACCAAACAUUUACAUUGACACGCUUCUCAACGAUCCCGACCCAACAAUCCUCACUCUCAACUCAAAUCUCGUGUCUUUUGAUACGGAAGUCUCAACAUAUAUUCCCACGGCCUCGUACAGUCACAUCACACGUGGUUUAGCGUCGUUGAUGGAUAGAUACCUCUUCACUCUUUGCACCUCCAAGAUUGAGCGCAUGAACACCAAUGGCUGCGCACUCAUGCAACUCAACAUCCUUGUUCUGCAGCAGAACCUGAAAAACAUCGAGGAGGGCGCGACACUUCCUUACGCCGCACUCUUCUUCGACCUGUUCACCGCAGGCCCCGAGGCCAUUGUCGCAAGAGCAAGACAGUACGGCAAAGGCUUCGGUGUCCCCGGCGAGAGGUUCGGAGAGGAAGACGUCAAGAAACUACUCCAAAUGGCAUACGAAGAGAGGCUUAACGCCGAAAACAGAGAGGCUAGCGUGCAAGCUAAACGAUCGCUGGAUGCGCAGCUACUGGAGCUCAGCGAGUUCAUGUACUAAACGGUGAGCAGUUGGUCAGAAGGAUUGUGUGGCUUUGAUUCGUUGAUAAGAGACUGUAGUUUGCGUAGGAUUGCAUCAGUUGUAAAUAACUUCCUCAGCCUUAUUCGUUGCGUCCCCUCCUCCCCCCAUCGGCGUCUUCAAGAUCUGUCGCCGUUUAAGGCUUACGCGUCCUACACCGUAUAAUUCUCAUCUUUUUGUGG